GAGAGAGGGAGCAACUGCUAUCCUGCCCCGUUUCUCUCGUUCUCCCUCUCUCUCCGUCUCCUUUUCUCCUAUCCAUCACGGCACUUUCCAGCAGCAUCUAGCGUGUUUUGCGGCGGCCGGUCGCACCUCCGACAGCCCACUGAUCGUCGAGAAGAUCUGGAUGAUCCGCGCGUUGUGGCGACGCCGGUACCACGGUCGUUGCCACCCGCCAGGCCACCCCGCCUUACCUACUUCCCGCAACUGACAAUUGCGACUUUUCUCGGCGCCGUGAUUACCGGCCGCGCCCCAUAUCUGCUCACUACCUUACCUCUUCAAGUCCAUGCUCUUUGCCGAGAUUCUUCUGUGGCUGAGCUGAUGCGGACAUGACAAGCGCACCUGUAAGCGAAUCUGCGCGGGAGAGAGAGGUCUUCUCCUAUCUCAGAAGCAGCCCAGCAAAACCCCAAGACCUCUAUGACUUUCUUAAUCAACAUGCCAAUGCUGGCCUUCCGACCAAUUUCGCCCCCGUCCCUUCUCAAGAUCCUGCCCUCACGGCCUUUGCCCAGCUGGGUGCCCUCCGCCUCAAUGUCUCUCGGGCAAUGAUCUCCUUGAUCGAUGGCCAUAUCGAGUCGGUCCUCGCCGAAGCCACCCGCGAUCUGUCGCUGCGCGCCCACUCUCGCUACGCAACGACCGACGGCCUAUGGCUUGGAAGUGUUACUAUACCCAGGCGCAGAGGCAUCGACGAGCGCGUGUUGGAUCUGCCUCAUUGCGCCCAAGACGACACCGAGUCGUGCAGCGAAGAUGUGGUUGUUAUUGAGGACCUGGCCGAUGUCCCCGAUUUCCCCUUACGCAAUCUGCUCGGCCGAACUUUUGAUGCUCGCUUCUUCGCAGCAGUCCCCAUACGCAGCCCAACCGGCGCCGUUCUGGGCUCGUAUGCUGUCUUUCACGAUCAGCUGCGUCAUGGCAUUAGCAAGCAGGAACUCAUUUUUCUUCAAGACACGGCAGCAACCGUCAUGGAUCACCUCGUGUUAUCCAAAGCCCAGGAACAGCACAAACGCGGGGAGCAGAUGAUUCGAGGGCUCACAUCGUUCAUGACGGGAUCGGAUUUCCUCGAUGACGGGUCUGGUUCAGAGCAGAGGCUAAUCCCUGUACCGAACAAGAUAUGGCAAUGGAAAACACCAAAUGGUGGCGACUCCGAAGCACGUCCAGAGUCCUCCGAAGGGGAACAGCCUAUCUCACUGGCCAAGAGGCCAAAAAGUCCAAGCAACGAACCGUCUCCUGACACAAUCCCGCCACCCGACGAACAAUCAUGGUCCGAUGACCAUGAAAAGGCUCAAUCCCCUACACUGCAGGAGUCCAUGUUGCCGCAGAAUGCCAAAAAAAUGUUCUCUCGCGCGGCGAAUAUCCUCCGCCAGACAAGUGAGCUUGACGGGACUCUCAUCUUCGACGCUGCACUUUCAUCUUUCCAAGGCUCAACUCGCCACGCGGGAAAUGAUGAGGGUGAUGGUCAUACCGGAAGAAAAAGCAGUCUUAUUUCUGGUUCUUCGGACACUAGCGAAACAAACGACAAGCCGUCAGUAGAUCACUCAGCCGAUGAGACAUAUGCGCACGAACGACCCUCCGAUCAGCGAAAUGGAGACAAAUCUCGUAUCAAACAUUGCGAAAUCUUGGGCUUCUCAAAUGUGGACCGGUCAAGCAUAUCCGGGAAUAUUGCCAAUAAGCGGUACCUAUCCUUUGCGGAAUCGCAUUUGAGCAAGCUUCUCAAAAAGUACCCCGCUGGCAAGGUCUUCAAUAUUAAUGAUGACGGCGCAUUGUCUUCAGACGAUUGUGAAUCCAAAUCCGGUUCCGCAGCGGAAGACAUCUCCGGGAAAGCCAGACCAAAACCCGGCCGGAAAACCGAGAUUGAAACUAUCUUGGAAAUCGCCCCCGAUGCGCGCAGUAUCAUACUUCUCCCAUUGUGGGAUUUCUCAAGGAAAAGAUGGUUUGCGGCAUGUUUCAUGUGGUCUUCCGAUAAGAAACGUAUACUCUCCGGUACAGACCUUCAAUAUAUGCGAGCGUUUGGCAACAGCGUGAUGGUAGAGUUGUCGCGCUUGGAUGCUAUCACUUCUGAUGUCACCAAGACAACUUUCAUGUCAUCAAUAAGCCACGAACUCCGUUCUCCACUUCAUGGCAUCUUGGGCGGUAUUCAAUUCCUUCAAGAGACUACCGUGGACGCUUUCCAGGUUGGCAUGAUAAACUCAAUCGAGACUUGUGGAAAGACGUUACUCGACACCGUCGAUCACAUCCUGGACUUCGCAAAAAUCAACAAGCUUGCAAGGUUUAGACCUCGCGAUUCCAAGCGAAGAACUGUCGGCGGCCAUGCCCGGACACUUUCAUUCGAAUCCGCCAACAACAACUUGCGAUCUUCUGAUCUGCACAUAAGGUCGGUGGACCUUAGCCUUCUGGUCGAGGAAGUCAUCGAAGCUACCAUGGCCGGACAGUCGUACAAACUUGUCCCACAAGUGUACAUGGCCUCUGGCGCUCACAAACGCUCCCAAGAUUGGCUUUAUUCUGGAGGUCAAAAUCCUGAAAUGGAUGCCGACGAAGGCCGGAAGCAAGUGUACAUAGCACUCGAUGUCUCAAGGCGACAAAACUGGGAUUUUGUCACUAGGGGUGGCGCCUGGAGAAGGAUAAUGAUGAACAUUUUCGGAAAUGCUUAUAAGUUUACAGACAAGGGCUUCAUACGCCUCUCCUUGGAUGGCGAGGAUGUCAGCACAGAUAAUGAUGAAACGAGGACGAGAGUCACACUCAGAAUCUCCGAUUCUGGUAUAGGAAUUUCUCAAGAGUUUUUGUACAACAAACUCUACGCGCCCUUCUCACAAGAGGAUGCCUUCUCAACUGGCACCGGCGUCGGCCUAUCCAUCGUUCGACAGGUGGUGAGAUCCUUGGGUGGCAAAAUCUACUUCAAAAGCCAGCAGGGAAUUGGAACAGAGGUCAAAGUAACGAUUGAGCUUCCGGCUGCACCACAGUACCACGACAGUCCCUCAAGCGACGGAAGCUCCUCUGUAUCGGACAUGGGCCUUCAAUUAGGUGGCCGAAGUAUUGGUCUUCUCGAACCUUACGUGGACCCGGGGACUAGUGGUACAGAUUCCAACUCGCCAGAGGGCAAAGGACUGCGUAAUACUACCGAUUCUCUCAUGAAGUAUCUGAAGGAUUGGUUUGGAGCCAGACCAUUCUUACUGUACGCGCAUGACUCCGAAUCUGCGCAGCAGGCCGAGAUCAUCAUUUGUACAGAGCCAUCCUUCUUAUUUCUGGCUGCCAUACGUUCGGAAAGGCCUCAAGGCAAGGUGCCGUUGGUAAUCUUCAUCGCUCAUGAUGCAUUGGAGGCGUCGACUUUGCGGGGUGAUCCAAGAGUUAAUAGCUCGGAAUCCAUUGUUGAGAUCAUCACGCAACCAUGUGGCCCACACAAGUUGGCAAAGUGCUUCCAGCAAUGCCUUCGUCGCUUCGAUAAGUGGUUGUACGAGGUCAGGCCACCAAGCGUUGAAGCCACCAGGAACAACUCAGAGGACUCAACUUUCUUGUUAAAACCAGCCUUCCAGGACCUCGCGGUGGACCAGCUCGCAGAAGACUUCUCCUCGGCAGUGCUUAAAGAAGACAACACCCCUACCAGGACGCCACCGCAGGUUCCAGUAGAGGUUCCAGUUGAGAAGCCGAAACAAAAGCCCACGCCACCCGCGAAAGUAUCUCGACAUCGUUCCAAUUCGCUACCUCAUUCAGCUCGGCGGCCACAUGUGUCGCCUCAAAAGACCUCCUCCCCACCAGCUGCUCCUUUGAAGCGAUCAGGGACUUCAGAUCUGGAAGAGACGCGCACCAGUCCGAAGAUUCUGAUAGUUGAUGACAAUCGCAUCAACCUGCGACUUCUUUCAGCUUUCAUGAAGAAGCAUCUGCUGAGUUACGAGCAAGCGACCAACGGGCUCGAAGCACUGGAGGCGUACAAGCGCGCGUCCGGCGGGUUCAAAAUCGUCCUCAUGGACAUAUCAAUGCCAGUGAUGGACGGCAUGGAAGCGACUCGCGAGAUUCGCGAUUAUGAGGAUGAGAACAACAUCGACCGCUCCUUGAUCAUCGCUUUGACGGGUCUCGUCUCCGCUAGCGCGCGUGUCGAGGCCCUCGCCAGCGGCAUUGAUCACUUCAUGACAAAGCCAGUCAAUUUCCAGCUGCUCAUCGAACUUAUGGACAGCAACAGUGACAAGGUCGCGGACGCUGAUGCGGAAAAGAAUAUCUCGCGAAGCACUUGAACGAGGAUGACCGUCAUGGUUACUUCAACGUUAGAGACGCUCUCUCGCGGGAUUCUCGACUUGGGUUUAUUGGACGCUUUAUAAAGGCCGCAAUGGAUAUAAUUUGAGCAAACGAUCUUUUGAGCUGGUGGAUGAUUGGACGUCCGCGGGUACGGGCGCUGUCGGAUGGACGAAUAUUGGAUUAGACGCGAACAGGCGGGCGUAGCGCGAGACGCAGAGCUGCCUAGGGCACAUGAUUAACUGAUAGAGGAACGGCAUGAAUGACGAUCACGCUUGGACGUGGUCAGAAAACGGAUUCAUGUAGAGAGCAGUGAGCUCGAAAGACAGUGUCGCUGGCGGCCAUGUUGUAUAUGUAGUUUAGUAAAGCAAAGCAGUGCAAGUUUCUCAGCAUUAUAUUACAUGCACUGUACUGCAC